AUGUUUUCAAAUCCUGUCUAUAAUCUCCCACCACAAUUCAAUGAAAAUAUUCUUACACAAAACCUUGCCGGUCUUUCGUUGAACAGUGUUGUGCCACCGCAUCAAGAUGGUCAACAACGACAAAAUCUCGAUUUUGGUUCCUUUCAAUUCGCUCAGCAACAACAGGCGCAACAGCAGGGACUUGAUAUCGGGGGAUAUGUCGCACCGGCAGUGGACGAGUCAAAUAUAAAGUGGCCAUCGCCAGAUGAUGUGAAUACCUCCUAUCAACGUGGUUCGACUGUUGUACGCCAGUAUAAUAACUCGAUGAUUGAUGAUUAUUACAAAAAAUUUCUGCGUCCAAUUACUGACUAUGUCGCCAUACCAACAAAUGGUCAACCAACUUACGUUUAUCAAAACUUAGGUGGACCGAAUGCCCCAGCCACUGUCGGACUGGCUCAGCAGUCGAUAGGUGCAGUGGAGCCAGUCAGUGAUCCUGCAGGAGUUGUACCUGCCGGUUCACAGCAGAAACCUGAAGGCACGGAAGAAAAGAAACAUAAGAAGAAACAUAAGAAACGCUCAUCGAAACAUGCACAUGACGAUGGUGGUAAACAUUCGAAAGUAGCUGAUGAACAAAAAGCGAAUCAAGCGGAUGUUGUCAUACAUAAAGAACUGCCAUCUAUUCCAGUCAGAGGUAAUGCUGAACAACAACAACAGCAGCAACAACAACAAACACCACCGCAGCAGCAGCAGCAACAGCAACAACAACAACCCGCUGGUGGAAAUGCUUUAACAAAUACAGGUGCUGCUGGUCCUCAAGCACCCAUGCGAUGUGCCACUAAUCCCGUAGUUUAUUUUGAUAUUGAAAUCGAUAAUGAAGCACGUGGGCGGCUCGUCAUGGAAUUGUUCCGUCAUGUUUUGCCACGCACAUCACAAAACUUUCUCUCACUGACAACCAACGAACAUGGGUUUGGUUUUCGGUUAUCAUACUUUCACCGAAUUAUUCCAGGUUUCAUGGCUCAAGGUGGUGAUUUCGAAAAAUCGAAUGGCACAGGUGGUUAUUCAAUCUAUGGUGAAAAAUUCGAUGACGAAGGUUUCCCAUAUCCACACGAUCGUCCAGGUCUCUUAUCCAUGGCUAAUAGUGGACCGAACACCAACGGAAGUCAAUUUUUUAUUACAUUCGAACCAUGUCCUCAUUUGGAUAACAAACACGUCGUUUUCGGUCAAGUUUUACAAGGUUUUCAUCUUCUUAAAGAUCUCGAUAUGAGCGGAUCCGAAAGCGGAGAAGUAUUACGUGAAGUGAAAAUCGCUGCUACAGGUCAACUUCAAUAA